CUGUCAUUUGCAACAGUACAUAAACACACGUGAAACUAUAAUUGCGGCACUAUUUCUUUCCUUUCAGAAAUUGGUAUUGUUAUUCAAGUUGUUUUUCUACUUUUGAUUAUUAAAAAGAGCAAAAGAAGAACAAUGGUGGUCCCCGAAAAGAUUUUAAUGAGGAAAAUAAAAAAGCGCGAAAAAGCCAAAAAACAAAUAAUAGCAAAUAAACAAGCUGUAAAUAGCAUAAAAGAACCAUCAGAUGAGGAAAUUAAACAUGUUUCUGGUCAGUUUGUGAAAAGCUUGAUGAACGACAAAAAUAACAAGAAGCGCAAAUUUGAAGAUGCGAAUUUGAAUGUUCCUGAGAUCUACAACAGGAAGAACAACAAGAGAAAACCCAGGUCAUCCGAAGAAGGUGAAGGUCUUGCAAACGAUUUGAGUAAUGAUGUAGCAGAUACAAAUAAUGAUAGUACUGAAAUUACCAAUAAUGCAGAAAAUAUCGAAAAUGUCAAAGUAUACGAAGAGCCUACUGAUCGAUCAUUUAAUUCAUUAAAGGAGCAAGUAUCCAAAGAAACCUUAAAAGCCAUAGAAGAAAUGGGAUUCACUACGAUGACGGAAAUUCAAUCAAAAUCUAUUGCUCCAUUACUAGAUGGACGGGACCUUGUAGGUGCUGCAAAAACCGGUUCGGGUAAAACAUUGGCAUUUCUCAUUCCAGCCGUUGAACUCAUAAAAAAACUAAAGUUCAUGCCAAGAAAUGGUACGGGCAUUAUAAUUAUUUCACCUACACGUGAGUUAUCAAUGCAAACGUUCGGUGUACUAAAGGAAUUGAUGGCACAUCAUAGUCAUACGUACGGUUUAAUAAUGGGCGGUGCGAAUCGAUCAGUUGAAGCUGAAAAAUUAGCGAAGGGUAUCAAUAUUGUCGUUGCAACACCUGGCCGUUUACUAGAUCACUUACAAAAUACACCCGAAUUCUUAUAUAAAAAUCUUCAGUGCUUAAUAAUUGACGAAGUUGAUCGGAUUCUUGAAAUCGGGUUUGAAGAAGAUUUGAAACAAAUCGUAAAUUUAUUGCCUAAGCGUAGACAAACAAUGCUCUUCUCGGCCACUCAAACCGAUAAAAUUGACGCACUUACUAAAUUAGCAUUGAAAAAGGAACCCAUUUAUGUUGGUGUUGAUGAUAACAAAGAAACGGCAACAGUUACUGGAUUGGAACAAGGCUAUAUUGUUUGUCCAUCUGAAAAACGGCUAUUGGUUCUAUUUACGUUUUUAAAAAAGAAUCGUAAGAAGAAGGUUAUGGUAUUUUUCUCAUCAUGUAUGUCAGUUAAAUAUCAUCAUGAACUUUUCAAUUACAUUGACUUACCAGUUACAUCGAUCCAUGGCAAGCAAAAACAAACCAAGCGCACUACAACAUUUUUCCAAUUUUGCAACGCCGAAUCGGGUACACUAUUAUGUACAGAUGUUGCUGCACGUGGUUUAGAUAUUCCAGCCGUCGACUGGAUUGUUCAAUUCGACCCACCAGAUGAUCCAAAAGAAUACAUUCAUCGUGUCGGCCGAACUGCACGUGGAGAAGGUAGUUCUGGGCAUGCACUGUUAAUUCUUCGACCCGAAGAAUUGGGUUUCUUGCGAUACUUGAAACAAGCAAAAGUACCAUUAAAUGAAUUUGAAUUUUCUUGGAGUAAAAUAGCUGACAUUCAACUUCAGUUGGAAAAGUUGAUUUCCAAAAACUACUUUUUGAACCAAUCAGCAAAGGAGGCCUUUAAAUCUUAUGUUAGAGCAUAUGAUUCGCAUCAAUUAAAAACAAUUUUUAAUGUUGAUACAUUGGAUUUGGCAAAAGUGGCAUUGAGUUUCGGAUUCACUGUGCCACCCGUGGUGGAUUUGAAAAUGACACAUAAAAUUCGUAGCCGACCAGAAAAGAGAGUUGGUGGUGGUGGAUAUGGUCAAUACAAAGCCAUGAAUCAAACUGACAAAAAACGCAAAUUUAAGCAAAUCGACCGGAAUCAAGGCAGCAAAAAGAAAUUCGAACGAUAAAUGUUUAUUAUUCUACAUUCUUCUUAAUUUGAUUAGCGUUGUUGUUAUACAAUAGAUAAAUAAAUAAAUAAAUGCUCUUUUCCA